AACAACCUAAAGGGCAGCAGUGUUGCCUCUGCAUCGUUGCCCGACGUGCGAAUACUGCACACCAAAGACGUGGCCAAGUGCCCGCAGGCAAAGAGUCCGCGAAAGCGCACGGUGCCAAAAUCGCAUUUGAACCCCAACGCAUACCCGAAGGCGAAUGCAAAUACAAAUACGAGUACAAAUGGUAAUGGGAAUGGGAAUGGAAAUGGAAAUGACACUACCAGGAUAGGAUCUCAAAACCCAUCAAUCAGAGAGAAAAAGUUGUCCUCUCCGAAAGGCAAAACCCGUCCCGCUGAGUGUGCCAAGGCCGGCGCAAAGGCUCCCUCGACAAUUCAGAAUCAGGAUAAAGGACAGAUCGAAAGUCCAAAUAAGGGGGCACCAAGGAAUGGG